AUGUCCUCGUUCCCUUCUCGCCCGCAGCACGCCAGCGUCAAGACGGGAUCAACCCAGCCAGAGUACACCAAGCACAAGUCGAUGAAACAGUUCUUCAACCACAAACGCCUCCAGCUCCAGCAACGGACACCCACACACUUCCACUUCCACGACCGCAUCAAGCCAGGCACUCCUGGCCACAGGGUGUUGCCCUUCCCAGCCAGCCCACCACGUGGGUUGCACUCACCAGAGGAGGCCGCCGCGGAGAAGAAACGCCGUGUCAAUAAAAAGUACCUUACCAUUUUGAAUCCGGAGUGGUGCCUACGCAGAAGACAGCUCGUCGAGAUGUGGAACAAAGACAUAUACACGAGACGCCAGCUGAAGGAUCAGAGGAGGGCCACGCCGAAGAUGAAGGCGUUGGUCAGGGAAUUCAGGUUGAGCGAGGUCGUCAACGAGGACAGGGAGUCAGUUGGGUAG